AAGCAUCCCGACACCCUGGUUGCCGCCAGCAACCUGGCCGUUCUGCUCCAAGAGGACGGCAGGUAUGAAGAGUCCGCACAGGUUGCCAAGCAGACUCUGGAUGUGCAGCGGCGGUUGCUGGGGCCAGAGCAUCCUGAUGUGCUUUGCACUGUCAACAGCUUGGCAGCGGCUCUUCACUUGCAGGGCAAGCACGCGGCGGCCAUCGAAUACCAGAAGGAGAUGCUGGAGAUUCGACGAAGAACAGUUGGCAUGGAGAACCUGGAGACGUUGGUCGCAGCUCACAAUCUGGCCGGAAUGCUCCAGCAGAGAGGAUGUUACGAAGAGGCUGGCGAACUGCAGCGUGAAACCCUUGAGGUCUUGACCAGACGGAUGGGCCCACGACAUCCCGACACGAUGACCGUAAAGAGUGCUUUGGCAUCGACCCUGGAGCAGCAGGGCAUUCUUGACGAGGCUGAGCGAAUGGCCCGUGAGGCGCAUUCAGAGGAGGAGGAGGUGCUUGGUCCGCAUCAUCCUAGAACUCUCUGUACGGCUCACAACCUUUGCAGCAUCCUUCGUGAGAAGGGAUCUUAUCGACAAGCAUCGGUCCUCCUCUCAAAAACCGUGGAGUCCUUGAGGAAGGCCUAUGGCAGCCAGCAUCCGCGAACCCUCGUCUCCGCUUGCACGCUCGCGAACCUCUAUUUGAAGCUUGGCAGGUUCCAGGACAGCCUGGAGCUGGUAGCACCAGCACUGAGAGCCCAGGAGAAGACUCUGGGCGCAAGGCACCCACAAGUUUCAGCAAGCACCAGCAUUUUGGCUGCCGGCCUGCGCGACCUGGGACGGGCGAACCACUUGGCGAAAAUUCCUGCGACAGUCUUGGAGGCAGUUUCUUCAAGCUCCGGGGGGCCAACAGACAUUGCCUUGAUCUUGUCUCGGCGUGCUGUGAACAUGCAGCGUGAGGUUCUCGGUCGCGAGCACCCCGCAACUCUGGAUUCUAUGCUUCUGGUUGCAGAGUGUUUGAUGGAUCUGAACCGUUGCAAGGAAGCAGCCGUUGUUGCUCGUCGUGCUCUGCGGCUGCGGCUAAAAGUGUCUGGUCAGCGGCAUCCGAGAACGCUGUCAGCGGCAGUGAUUCGUGCAGCAACCUUGCACAAGCAAUGCCGGACCGGUCAGGCUCGAGGCCUCCUGAGUCGCACGCUGCGGAUUCAGAACAAGGUGUUCCAGGGUUUUCCUCACCCCCAGCUGCUGUCCACGGCCAGCGACUACCUCGAGCUGCGGUGCCGCGGUUCUUGGGCGGCGCAGGUGCGCUGCCUGUGGUCCAGCGCCAGACCCUGGGACGUCGGCACCCAGAUGUCCGCUGCACAGCGCAGCGCCUGGCAUGUCAAAGAGCGAAGGUACGUUUGUGCUCCGAACUUUUGGGGGGACCUUCGUGGCACACUGAAGGCAAUUGAAGAGCGACGGAAUGAGCGGACAUCGAAAUCCAAAGCUCAGCAGGUGCUGAAGCAGGUCGCUCGACUGGAAGUGAAGUUCUGGGCCAAGGCAAGUGUUGCAAUGCUCAAAGAACUUGACCCAGAGUCAAGGAUAGAAAGGAUAGUUGACUGGCUGCAAACCUUCGGCGUAGAGGAGGAAGACAGCUCGUCAGGGCCUGCAGUUUUGUACCAGGUGCUCAGCGACGUGACUCUUCAGAAGGAUUUCGAGGUGCCUCAGCGAGAGGCACUGUCUGCUGCCGUGAGGGAGAACUUGCAGAAGUUCCCCGUGGAGAUGCAGGCCGUGCUGGAACGUGUGGGCAGUGUGACUGGCGGACGCCCUGUCGUUGUGUCAGAUUGGAGAAGAAGGCACAACCAGCCCACGCAGCUGGAGUCUCCAACGCUUGGCCCCGGAGCAGCGCUGCUCUUUGGAGUGGGGUCUGAGCUGGAAAGUGACCAAGCACCACAUGCAAGUCUCUCACAUGUGGCCGAAUCCGCCGAGACGAUCACUGAAGAAAUCUACAUUCAAGACGUAGAGGAUGUCACCACAGCUGAGGAGGAGGCUGCCAACUCUGCGAUCGUCCAGUCGCUUCAGCGAGAAAUGGCUGAGCAGGAGAGGAAAGCCAAGGCUUCUGCAGAAAGCCUUCCAGUGGAUGAGACCGCUGCCAUGCCGUUCUCUGCCGAUCCUUUCGCCGACCUCCUUGCUACCAUCAUGCUGUGGCUCCAGCAGGCUGGUGGCACCCUGGAGCGAGAGGCCGUCCUGCCUCUCAUCAAGGCGAUGGGUUUCCGUGUCCGUGCGGUCAUCAACGGCUUGUCGCAGGAUGUGUUCUGGUCGCACCCUGAAGCCGAGUGCGAAAUUCUGCUGCGCACUGCGGCUGGUAGCAGCUUGCAUCCAAAGCCGUUGCCUGCUAACUACCUGCACGAGGCAGUCAGGCGAAACUUGGUUUUACAAGUGCGACAGAUGGGAUCGAAAGCCAAGUACGACAAGCUCGCUGGUCUUCUAGGGUGGAACGCCAAAUCUGAGCUCAGACGAACGUAUGGCGCCUUGAGAAUAGUUUUGGCUGGCCUCCCGGAGAUCUUCUACGACUCCCACAAGCUCUACCUGAAACAGGUGCUUGAGGGAGUCGUGGACUGGCCAGUUAGCAAAGAUGGUCGCAUAGGACCCAAUGGUGGCAGGGAGACAGUGCAACAUUGGACUCGUGCAUGUGAUGAUUUGAAAGGUGCUGGGGACAUUGACUGGUUCAAUGCCAAACGACAGCUGCUGGGAGUUGUCAUGAAUCAAGGGGGACACUGCGAUGUGCAGGUUGCACGAUGGCUAUUGCAGCCAGCUGGCGAGGCUACCCUGGAAAAGGUUUUCGAAGCUGGAUCCAAGUACGAUCUCACCAAGGUGCUGUUCUGGGAGCCACGGCGCGUCUUUAAGCGACGGCAGCCGAUUGCCGCACAAGACGAGACCAAGGCUUCCCCCGAGAUAUGCCAAGCGGUUCGGAAGGUGAUGGGGUCAACAAUGUCAGCCACGGUGGAGGAGCUGAAGGCGGCCGUCGAGACGAACCUGCCUGGCAAGGCCGACGAAGAUGUAGUGACAGCGGCAGUGCAAGAGAUGGCUGAACUCUUCUUCAUGCCCGAUCAAAUCUUUCUAAGACACGUUGCUACUGGUAGCAUUCUGCAGAGCUCCUUGCCAGAGGAUGUGCAGGAAGAUGUCGACGACGAUGAAGAGUUGAUGCGGGAGGGUCUGGCUGAGGUUGCUGCAGCAGCAGCGGCUAUCAAGGAGCCGGCUGAAGACCCCUUGCAGAUACAGGCACCCAAAGCAAAUGCUGCCGCUGUCAGCCAGGUGCAAAAUGCCGGGAUGGAUCUUGGCUUUCUCAGCUUCACAGGGUUCAAGAGCAAAAAGGUUGAGCCGGAGCUUACGCCACCAGCAAAGAAACCCAAACUGGUGCCGUCGUGGGUAAUAGAAGGUGCUGCUGUUCAUGUUCGCCGCGGAGCUGCAGAUAUCACGGGAACGAUCCUUGAAAUCAAGGGCGACGUGUGUAGGGUGCGGACAUCGCAGCCAGCACCCCAAGGAUCAGAUCUCGGAGCAGAAGAGCGGGAAGAGAUGCUUCCAUUGCCUGCCAUUCUUCCGGUAGCACCGGAGAUUGGGAGGAGCGUUAAGGUCGUCGCCGGUGACCGAACUGGCAUCAUAGGAAAGCUCGUCGGACUUGCUGGCACAGAAGCCGUUGUACAGAUUGGGGGGAUGUGCUACGAAACUCUGCCCAUGACACAGAUCGCGGUUGUAUCCAACUGA